AGUCUUAUGGCUCAAUAAUCCGAGUGACACCCGACCUCCCCCCUUUUGCCUCUCGAGGUACCCACGACUGGUCGGCUCUGGGAGCACUCGCCAGCAAGCUGCGGCCGCGCCCAAGCUGCUGUGCCAGAUUUCCAGUUGCUCGAAGCAGAUCGCCCUCCCCACCCUAAUUCUUUCCAGCACCUCCUCGUCAUCUCCAAUCCGACAAAAUGCCGGGUGGUGUCUGUCAAGUCCUCGACUACGAGGUCGAGCUGAUGGCAGACUAUGUUUCCGAGAUGGCUACCCGGAUCGUUAUGCCACGAGCUACGGUGAACGCUGCGUUUCGCAAGUUCGUCGCACAGAUCUUGACGUCGACUCGUCUUCCCAGUACCACCAUUUUACUUGGAAUGAACUACCUGGCUAAGAGGGUCAACAUGAUGUCGGCUGCUGGACAUACCAACCACACCGAAGGCCAGAUCUGGCGCAUGCUGACCGUCGCGCUCCUGCUUGGAAGCAAAUUCCUCGACGACAAUACGUUCCAGAACAAGUCAUGGUCUGAGGUUAGCGGCAUCCCAGUGCAAGAGCUGAACACUCUGGAAUACGAGUGGCUCGGUGCCACCAACUGGUGUCUGUAUGUCAAUCUGGACGAGAGCAAGGACUACAACGCGUGGUUGAAGAACUGGCAGGAGUGGAUCGACAACAAGAAGCGGCAACAGGUGCAGGUCAGCCGCGAGCGUAUCGCGUCACUCAUCUCCCCUACCGAGACCGAGGCAGCCCGACCCCGAAACCAGCACACUUAUUCCACAUGGCAUCAGCAACAGGUGGCCGAGUACGAGCGCCUGUCGAGCAUGAAGCGGAAUCAGCACCAGCAGCCCGCCUACCGACGCGAGCAGCCGUCGUGGAUGUAUCCCGUUCCGUGGCACGCGCCCCUCACACCUCCCGACUCGGGCUACGGCACCCCCGAGUAUGUCAAUUCUGCUACGUCGGUCAACUCGCAGUACAACGAGUACUUCGAUAGAGCGAUUGCGCACAAUGCCAACGGCGCUCGCCAGUUCCAGCAGCCGACCGGCUUCAACCACUUCCACGCUUCGGGCCCUGCCGCUCGCAACCAUUCCAACUAUCCGGCGUACUACAACUACAGCCAGAAUAUUUGGGAGCCGCCAAGCGUGGCCGAUUGCAAUUGCGCGAACUGUGUCGGUCCCGUUCAUCAUAAACAGCACCCGUACAUGAUGGCUCAUGGUUAUGACCAACCAGUCGUGGGCUAAGGCACACUGCCGCAAUCGGGCUGGCUUGGCCAGUUCAGUCCUUGUUGGAAACCAUCCGCCCCUUGGCAACGGCUACAACUCGGCUGAUGUUCCUGAGUUUGCCAUUGCAUUUUGUCAUCGGAUACAGCACUCUUUUCUUUUCAGGCAUACCAGGAGUACGAUACACAUUGCAUUCAGAUACCCAAUGGGUGGACACUGAGACAGCCUCGGUGUUUCACACGACGAUGCCAGGCGACUUGAUU